AAAAAUCGAUUGCAGGAGAAUCCCUGCAUUUCAGCAAAGCAGUUAGCUAGAAGAGGCGCUGAAUUUUCUUAUCUUCGUAAACCAGGGAUGUGUUUGUAUAGCAGAAUAUGGGAGUGAAGUUCAAUUACAAGACAUAUCAUUUUACAAGAAGUCGACUCUGAUUGGUUACCCUAUGGCUGAUAUCACACUGAAGCUGAUCUGGUAUCGGCUAGGGGAGAGUUUCGACAAAAUGGCGAAUGCGGGCCAGGGAAUUACGGCUUGGUUGUUUUCAGACUGGGACGACAAUUUGCUGGAUGUUUUGCUUUUCGGAUGGAUAGGAUGGGCAGUGUUAGUUGUUAUGAUUGUCAAUGCAGUGCUGACAUUUUUCGGGCCUCUGAAACCCCGCGAUAGUUGGGACCGCAGUACCACCGGGGUUACAGGGGCGAUUGUAAUAGAAAAACCCGGAUCGGAAUCCUGUCAGUGGUUAAACUCAGCUUUAAAUUGGUUCUACUUGCAUUAUGACAAAUUUCCAGAGUUCGUGGACGCAUGGGUAUUGGGUUUAAAUGAACAGACAAUCAAACUUGGGGGACCGGUACAACUGAAGUUUGAAAGAGUCAAGUCAGGAAGCCUGCCUCCCAAAUUCAGUGACGUCAACUUUCAAGCAGGUCCAGAGGAUAAAUAUGUCGUCAAAUGCAAGGUGGAUUCUAAAGAUCUGUCCUUUGCCAUUUUUGCCUCCCAACAGACAUCAGAGGGAGUCCGACUCACCAACUUGACAACCAGCAUCCUUAAGCUGAAGGGAUCACUUCGUGUGGAGUGCUUUAACCAUGGCAGUGAUAUGAUGGCUAAGGUUGCCUUUGAAGGUCGUCCUGACGUUCAUAUCGUUGGAAAACCUGUAAACCCUUACCAGGAUUUGAGUAUUAGAGAGGGAUGGGUGGACCCCUCCGAUUUGGUGGACAUUGAGGUGGUGGAGGAGGUGGUCAGAAAUGCCAUCUGUCUGGCCACCACAGAAUUCAACAUCACCAAAUGGAUUACCGGCCAGUCCCAAAAUAUCCCUCGAGUUUGUGGGGGGUCUCCAGUAUCCCCAGUCUCCCCAAAGCCCCACACAGAGGACGCCUUCAAACCGAUCGAAGCCAAGCAGACACAAAGUGCUUUCCAGUCACCAAACUCAAGCUUUGCUGUCCCUCCCCUCAGAACAAACAAGACCUCCGACGAAAAACGGCUUCUAGUCAAGGUCAUUAAAGCGAGUGGACUGGCAGCUAAAGGUGCCACAGGAACCAUUGAUCCUGCCUGUGUUGUGUUCCUUGACAAUCCACCGCAGAGCCAGAUCACAAGUGUAGUCAAAACUUCUGUCAACCCUUUCUGGGAUGAGCAAUUCCUGUUUGACCUGAGUGGGAACACUAGGGAAAUGAAGUUUGAAGUCAUCGACAAAAGCAGACCGACUGGAGAAAACUUCCUUGGUGAGGCUCUUGUGUACUAUGAAGACAUUAAGAAGAAUGCCAGCAGCAGACAGAUUGUCCCACUACAGGGUGUUACAGAUGACGGUUCCAUGGCUAGUGGCUCCAUUACAGUGGAGUUUCUUUUCUUGGAUCCUGUUGACACAAAUGGGCUUGGCCCGGUCCUAAACCAGAAAAACGUUACAUCUCCCAAGAGAACGAUUCAAGUCAAUCAGGCCAGGACACCAGGGGGCACUCUGGUUACCACGACAACUAUGACAACAGAGAGGCAGAAAAACCAGCGACAUGAGGCUGCAGUGGAUGCCUCCCCACAUUAUAUAGAGAAGCAAAAUGUUUUUGAUUUUGAAUUGUCGGAAAACACUAGUGUUGACACGCUGGACACGACCAACGCCAGCACCGUCCAGCAGAAUCUGUCGCUAUCAUCUUCAGCAGAGGUAAUUACAAUGAAUGGGGUAGAAUCUGUGACAGAGACAGCCAUUCGUGAGUUAAAGGACAGGAAAUUCAAAUCAAAAACCCCAUCUAGGACUAGUACUCUCAUCAUUACAGGGGUCAAAAAGAGUCAUGAAGAGGUGCCUCAAGACGUUCCCGUGGUUACGACCCAACCUCCAUCACCAGGUCACCAAGAUCCAAAAGACAGAAAGAAGGGCAUGUCCCUUGCACGGCAAAUCAAGAAAAGGUUUUCUCGUUCAAAGAAGCGCUCACAGAGUGCUGAUAGGUCAAGCAAUUCUCAGAGAGAAGGCUCAAACUAUCUUCAGCCGCCUGAUUCUGGCCCUGGGAAGCCACAAUCAAAAGAUGAUAUUGAGUUGGUGAGGGGGAAAAGAGAGACACCAGAAACACCGAAUCUCAAGAAAUCUCGUUCCCUUGGCGGGAGCCUAAAAAAACUGUUUCGUCGGGGCCGGAAACAGACGAGAUCACGGGGAGAAACUUCCAGGGAGAGUUCAUUUUCUCGUUCCUCAACACGCAAUGUCUCACAAGGCCCGUCUAGAGAGGGGUCAUUAAAUAGAAAUGUUGACCCAAAGGAUAUGCAAUAUCAACAGACUUUAAUUUCAUAGCAUUUGUUCAACUGUAUACAUUAUGAGGAAUUUUGUAUUUUCAUACAGUGUUUGUAAAAUUAUUCAAAGUCUAAAAAUCAGUUUUAAAACAAUUUCAAUUACAAGUAAAAAUAUGAAGUGAUAAUAAACAUCAAAAAGAAACAUAUUGGAUAUUUUCGGAAUAGCAUAUAUUCAUUGUUUACAUAUGAAAGCUAAGAACCAGUUUCAUGAAAAGAUAUGAACCUCCAUCUUAGCAGGCUGGUUUAUACAUAUAGACUCGUGAGCACAAUCAUGAAUUUUUUAAUUCAGAAUCCAACAGUCAUGGAAACUUCUGCCUAUAUGAAACGAGUACUUUGACAUGUACAUCUUGUUAGGGUCUUCCUUUCAUUUUCCGGUUCAGCCGUUUUAUAUUUAGUCAGUGUCUAUCUACUUCUGCUUUUAUAAAUAAUUUUUCAUGUUUUUACACAAACAAAAAAAAUCCUUCUAGUUGAUGCAUGCAUUACAAUUCCAAAGACAAAUCACAAUUUUGCAUAUUCUCAGUUGCCGCCCCUUGUCACCUCAAAAUGAACACAAACCAUGUGACACUGUACAAUUACUUCACUACAGACAUUACUCUGUUAUAUGGGAUGUUUGAGCAUAUUAUCUUCACCUUGUAUUUAUGCCUUAAUUAUUGUCCUCGUUGUGAUUUUCCCAUUAAUUUAUUACCUCGUUUUCCAGUGUUUAUUAUUUUACGUUUGAUUACGGCUCAUGAGCUUUGUGUUUACUUAGCUGAGAGUUUACGUCAUAAUCACGUGACUAUUUAUUAUGUGCCGACAACGCUAAAUACUGCAAAACGCUACCGCCAUAUUGUUCAUGGCUGAGAGAUGGAGAUUUCAAACCUUGUGCACAGUUACAUGUAGUUACAAGUACACAUGCACUUGUUUCCCUUAAUUUUUGACGAAGACAAAUUGCAACAUACAAAUGUGUUGCAAACUUUCAACAUGGCUGGUUUCAUUUCAAGGUUUUGACAACUACUGAUCCACAGAGAAUGCAAUUUACAUUUCACAGCAUUAAAGCUACACGUUUAUGCUGAAAUGUAGACAGUUUAGUGAGAAGUAGAUGACAUGCCAACAUGAAGAAUCAUUAGACCAUGUGCUGAGUUUUUGGGUGAUUCCCCAACGAUACUUGUACAUGUUUGAAAUCUCAACCUCUCUGACACUAAGAUUAGAUAUAUGUUUUGUAUGCUUUUUCUAUUGUUAGUUUUGAUCAAGCAGGUUUGAUUGACAUGUGUAUAUUCUAUACUGAAAGCAAGUUUUUGUUUGGUUCCCUUUUAGCGACCGCUUUUGUUUGGUUCCCUUUUAGCGACUGCUUUUACAAUGUUUAGUGCAGGAUAAAAUUUCAUGUCGAUAUAUGUACUUGACUCGAUAUUAUUUAGAACAAGUGUGUGUUCAUAUUUGAGAAUUUUGAACAAUGAAAAAUGGUAUAGUCUGUGCCCCCAAAAAUGCGAAAGAAGAAUUGUGUGUAUAAAGGGCUCUCAGUUCUCUGCUAUAUGUAUAAGGCUUAUCGAUCAAGCUCACAUUUGGUUCUCGGGUCAAUUUUUCCUGUAAAAGAUGCUGCAAGGAGGAUAUAUUUGCUUUGAGUGGAAGAUUAAUGAUGCUACAGCAGGAAAUAUACACAGAUUGAAAAAAGACAUGCACUAAUUUAUCAAUGGCAAUAUCUAAUUAUUUAAAAAGUGUACAGUAGAUUGUAAAUUCAGCCAAAUUAUUGAGUUUCAAGAGUUUUCUGCAUAUUCUGUUUUGAAAAAGAAGUAUUGAACUUCAACAAAGAUUGCAGAAAUGGUCAUCAAAAUUUCACUCUGAUUUUGAUGAUAUCAUCCAUUUGGUUUCUUUUAAGUAUACACAAUUGCCCAUAGCCUGAGAACCAGAUAAUUCCUUUAUGUAGCCUAUAAUUUCAUCCAUAAUGAAAGAUCUCUGUAGGGAUUUACCAAAGGUUGUGCAUUUAUGUGGUCAGUAGAGCUCUGUCCGUGUUAGAAACAUUGAUUAAUUAUGUUUGAAAUCCGAUUUAACUGCAUGUAUAAAGAUCAUAAGUGAUUUGUGGAAAUGUUACAAAUUUUAUUUUUAUACACAAAAAGUUUAUUUUUGUCCCUCAAAUAUAUGAUGGAGAAUGCCCUUUCGAAAGUGGGAAGAAACAAUAAGACUAAUGUAUUAAAAUUUUACACAUGUAUAGUUAUGUACACAUUCUGUUAUAAGUUUUAAGCUAUCUUUAUGUUUCCUUUAUCAUUUUGGGAGUGCAGAAUUAAUGGAAACUAAUCUCGGGAACAAGAAAAUUAUUGACAUACAUUAUUUUUAGAAACAAAAACAAUCUAUAUUUUAGUCCACUUCUAAAGUGGUGAGUUGUUUGUAUGGUGUGAAAAGUGAGUACAAUGUAUACACUUCUGUAAUGUGCAAACCAUGAAGAGAAAUUGUCAAAGCAAAAAAAAAAAAAUUUGGUUAGUUUUAUACUCUUGUCCUUGGUGAUACAGCCUUGAGGAAUGCAUAAUGGAAUAGUGAUCCUUCUUCCCCUUUUAAAAAUAUUUAGACCCAAUUCAUUGUGAAUGACAAUGCUAAAAUUCAGUUUGCUUCCAGUGAAAUUUAGAACAUUUUGCACUAAAACAGGAUUGAAAAUUUGAUGAGAUACACUAUAUACAUAGAGGAAUAUCUGAUUUCCUCACAUGUUAUAUGACUUGCAAUUAUAUCCUUAUCCCAGAGAUGACUCUGCAAUUUUGAAUGCACUGGUCCGCUUAGAAAAUUUUAGGCAAGGUAUAUAUAUGUACACUGAUCAAGGUUGAUGUAUUACAAAUAUCUUUGACAAGCCUUGGUGAUUUUGAUGGCUAAUGAUAUUUAAUCCUUGUGUUUUUGCUUUAAACUGUAAUCGCAGGGACUUUUUCAGAUUAGUUUUUGUUGUAAAAAAUAUUCAUCUUUAACAUGACAAUAAUUGGAAUUGAUGUUCAGUAAAGUGUUGUAUCACAAUUUAUCAAACGUUUUUCAACAACGACAUUUUAGACUAGUGCUCUAACAUUUGUUUUCCUUAUUUAAGGCCAAUAUGUAGAUGUUGGGUGUCUUGCCAAUGCAUGUGUAGAAGAUUUGAUCUUUGUAUGUGAGUGUGUGUAGGACCAAGAUAGGUGAAAUAAAAUGCUACACUGAUAAA